AGGGCUCCGGCGCUGCUGGAGGCAGCCCGCGCGCGAUACGAGAGCCUGCACAUCUCAGACGACGUGUUCGGCGAGUCGGGCCCGGACAGCGGCGGAAACCCCUUCUACAGCACCUCCGCAGCCUCGCACUCCUCCUCGGCCGCCUCCUCGGACGAUGAGCGCGAGCGCCCCGCUCCUCCGGGGACCGCCCCGCCACCCCAAGCAGCAGAUCCAUUGGAGCUGGAGGAGGAUGAGGCCGGUGGAGGCUGGAGCACCGCGCUGCGGGAUCGCCCGCCCCCGCGCUUCGAGGACACCGGUGGUCCAAUCAGAAAGAUGCCUCCCAGCGCUAGUGCAGUGGACUUCUUUCAGCUUUUUGUUCCGGACAACGUGCUCAAGAACAUGGUAGUACAGACCAACAUGUAUGCCAGGAAGUUCCAGGAACGCUUUGGCAGUGAUGGCGCCUGGGUGGAGGUGACAUUGGCCGAGAUGAAGGCCUUCCUGGGCUAUGUGAUAUCUACCAGCGUCUCGCACUGUGAGUCGGUACUCAGCAUUUGGAGUGGAGGCUUCUAUAGCAACCGGAGCCUCGCCCUCGUCAUGAGCCAGGCCCGCUUCGAGAAGAUCCUCAAGUACUUCCAUGUGGUGGCCUUCCGUUCCAGCCAGACCACGCAUGGGCUCUACAAGGUCCAGCCCUUCCUGGACUCGCUGCAGAGCAGCUUUGAUGCUGCCUUCAGGCCGUCUCAGACCCAGGUGAGGCUGGUGUGUGUGUGCCUGUGUGUGUGUCCCCGUGUGCCUGUGUGUCCGUGUGCCUGUGUGUGUGCGUGUACCUGUGUGUCCGUGUGCCUAGUUUUGCCAUCCGUAACUGCUCAUUUCCUGCCUAGACUUUUCCAAACAGAAGGCUCCAAGGUAAACAUCCAGCUGCUCAGGUUUUGGGUUGCCGUGGUGGUGACCUUGGACUGCAUGGGGCUGAUGAGACAAUGGGGUGAUCUCCCCUUCUUCUCUGACCCCAUGUUUCCUGCAGCCUCAGGCUAUGGUCCAUGUUACCCUUGGCUCUCUGACCUCUGUGCAUUUCCAUUCAAGAUCUAUGUCCACCUGAAGGAAGGUGGUGGCCCGGAUGGCCUGGACGCUCUGAAGAACAAGCCACAGCUCCAUAGCAUGGUGGCCCGGAGCCUGUGCCGGAACGCAGCUGGGAAGAAUUAUAUCAUCUUCACAGGGCCCAGCAUCACCAGCCUCACCCUGUUUGAAGAAUUUGAGAAGCAAGGGAUCUACUGCUGUGGCCUGCUGAGCUCUAGGAAAAGCGACUGCACCGGCCUCCCUCCCUCCAUGUUGACCAACCCCGCCACCCCACUGGCCCGGGGCCAGCACCAGAUCAGGACCAAGGGGAACAUGUCUCUGAUCUGCUGGUACAACAAGGGGCACUUCCGCUUCCUGACCAACGCCUACUCCCCUGUGCAGCAAGGUGUCAUCAUCAAGAGGAGGAGCGGGGAGAUCCCCUGCCCGCUGGCCGUGGAGGCCUUCGCUGCUCACCUCAGCUACAUCUGCAGAUACGACGACAAGUACAGCAAGUAUUUCAUCUCUCACAAGCCAAACAAAACGUGGCAGCAGGUGUUCUGGUUUGCCGUCAGCAUCGCUGUCAACAACGCCUACAUCCUGUACAAAAUGUCAGACGCCUACCACGUGAAGAGGUACAGCCGGGCACAGUUUGGAGAGAGACUUGUCAGGGAGUUACUGGGCCUGGAGGACGCAUCACCAGCCCACUGAGACUGCGCUGGCCCAGGGGUGGCAGGGACCAGGAAGGAGCCUGUCACCUGCCUGCCUAUUGGAGGGCCCACAUGUAGCCCGAGGGUCUGCUUUCAGCAACCCCCCCCCCAAGAGCAGGGGGGCUCCCCAGAGCCUAAAACAGGUGACUGGAGGGGCUGUGACCUUGGAAGGUACCAGCAAUAGGGACCAGUGGACCAUGCUCUGCUUCCCAGAGCCUGAGAGAUUAUGACGGGCUCAAGUUCAGACCGGGCAAGCUUGCAAAAACGGACCACCCAGUGCCACCACUCAGCACCUGGGGACAUGUGUGUUCAGCUUACAUGGCUCCCUCGGAAGAAGAAAUGCAAUGUGGUGCCAUUAAAACUCAGCUUGCUGACUACAAACAGGGUGUUCCUGCUACCUCCCACACGGGGCUGGUGGAGGGCAGGGCCGAGGGGGAACCGCCAGGUUCACAGUCAAGAGGGAUGCUGUUUUUUUAUUUUUCAAUAUAUCUUCAGGUUAUUUUCCUACUGUUGCUUAAGGUCUACUGUAAACAAGAUGUGUCCCCGCCUCCCCCACCCCACACACCCUCACAGUUCCCUGCAUGAUCACAGUUCUGUGUCUGGCCUGUGAUGGGGGAGGAAGGGCCCCAUGUGGCUGCACCUACCAAGGCCUGGGGAGCCUGCAGGCUGUGCGCUUUGUCACCAUGUCGUCGUCGUCGUCGUUGGCAGAAUUACUUUUGAGAACUAUGUAGCAUUGUGAAAACAAAAUCCUCCACCAUCCUUUCUCCGUGUGUGGUGGUCCCCCGGAAAGGUACAGCUGGAUUGGGGGUCCCUGGCUAGGGAACCACCUGGUGACUUGCCCUGGGGUUGGAGAUGUCCCACAGCAGGGACAGGCAGCAGCUGGUGGGAAGGCAUGUGGAACCCAUAGACCCAGGCCCUUCCCGCACUGGGGUUGACACGUCUCCAUGGAUCCUCAGCCCCAAGGUGGACCCGCUGCCCCACAGCUGGGAAACAAGUGAUCUCUGCACCUUGCAGCCCUUCAUCUGAUCUCCACAGCCACCUAAUUUCUUCAGAUACACAAUGUCCUCAGCGGGGGCUUUGGGACACUCUUCCUCAUACAUCCGGUGAGCCGAGGCGUGGCUGGCGGCGUGCCCCCCACACCUUAUCACUUCUGUGUCCUCACUCCCACAAGUACCCUCCCUUGUGGUGGGACCUGCGAUGCCGCGGAUCGUGGGCCCCAUUUCAGAUCAUGUUUGAGAUAACCUUUGCUGUCCCCUGAAUCGGAUUGAAAGCACUUUUACCACGUGGAGAAAUAUAUUUUUAAUUUGUGAAGCUUUUCUACAAGACCCACUUUUUCUGAGUUCAGGUGUUUCCAACACUUAGGGAGACUAAUGAAGGCCAAUGACUUUUUCUUUUCUGUCCAAACAAGAAAAAUAAAAAUAAAAGUCUAUUUAGAUGUUG